AUGUCUCCGCCUCCUCCCCCUUCUUUCUCCUCUUGUUCUCCGGCUACGAUCUCCUCGACGCCUUCGCUGCCCUGCAGCAGAGGCUCUCCUCGCGCCGUUGCGGCCUCUGCGGCGGACGCUGCCUCUGCAUCUGCUUUUGCCUCGGCCUCGAAACGCGCGCCUGCGGAGGCAAGAUGCGUGGAGGCGUCUUCUCGCGCGCGCGCCUCUUCUGCGGGCGGAGACGGCGAGGGUUUGCUGGCGAUCGCGCUGCGCGUCUCCGCGCUCGCCGCAGCCGUCGGCAUGGCGCUGUGGCUCGCUACGCGCUUCGCCUUCCUCAGGUUUUUCGAGCAGUUCGUCAAGUCGCUGCAGCGCGAAAGCGCGGGGCUCGGCGCGAAGCAAAGCCUCAGCCGCCUCGGCGCGUUCGUCGGCCUAUAUGCGGUCGGCGGCAUUUUGUUUGUGCCAGCGCCAGUGAUGUCCGUCGCCGCAGGCGCGCUCUUCUCAGACAACCUCCUGCUCGCUAUGUUCCUUAUUCUCAGCGGAAGUUUGUUGGGCGCUUGCAGCUCCUUCCUCUUCUCGCGGUUUCUCCUGCGCAGCGUCAUCCUCCGCCACGUAGUCGCGAAGCGCCCCUUUCUGCGCGCAGUUGACUUUGCCGUUCGAAAAGAAGGCUUAAAGAUUCUUCUCUGCGCGCGCAUGGUCCUGCCCUACACGCUGAACAACUACUUCCUCGGCGUCACUGGCGUGACCUUCUGGCAGUUCGCGCUGGCGACGUUCCUGACGGGUUUCCCGUUCGCGCUGGCGUACGCGGCUAUCGGCGCAGAACUGCCAGAUCUCGACACAAUUUUUUCAACUUUUUCUUCCUCUCCGUCUGCGGAGAGUCCGGCCGCGCCUCCUCCCGCCUUUUCGCUCUCCUCGUUCUUCUUCGCUUCUUCCUCUGCGCGCGCGAAGCCGUUUUUCGUUUUGGGAGGCUGCGCGCUGCUUCUCGUAGCUGUACCUACGGUCAAGCGCGUCGCCAGGGAGAUUCUCACGCAGGCCGCGACGGAAGCGAACGAGCAAGUCACCGCAGAGGCUUCGAAGGUCAAGCGCACGUAG